AUGGAUCUGGAUCGCGCCCCGGCGCGCCCGGACCCUGCUGCCUCGUCCCAGCGCCCCGUCGCCGGCGUCGCCCGUCUCCGCCGUCGCCUCCCCGUCUCCUCCCCACGCCGGACCUCCUCGACCUCCUCCCCGACGGCCUCCCCAAGCCAUGCUGCGCCCCGUCGCCGCUCGCCGUCUCUGGUGCCACCUCGCCGGAGCCACCCCGCCGGAUCGCCGCUCGCCUCCCCGUCGCCCGGUCAUCUCCGUCCUCCUCCUCAACCCCCACUGCCUAGACCCCACGGCCCCGUGGUGAGGCCCCGGAAUCUCCUCCUCCUCCCCUGCUCGCAACGGCACCCCGCGCCCGACGCCGCCUCUGUCGGCGUGCUCGCCGCGCCCGCUCCUCGACGCGCCCGGGGCGCGUCCCGCAACUGCCGCCCGCACGUCCCGCGGCCCCUGCUCGCCGCUGCGCUGCUGUGCGCCCCUCCUCCCGCCUGCGCUUGA